AUGUAACCUCCUGUAAUGGUAAAUCCUCAUGUAACAAAUAUAGAAUAAUACACACAAUAAAUCUAAAUUGAAAAUUAGCAACUAAAUACUCAAUCAAAUCAAUAAUAAUCAUAAUCAUAAUAAUAAUAAUAAUAAUAAUAAUACUAACCCUAAUAAUAUCCCCAAACAAUAUUUUAUUAAGGAAUUAACGGAUAAGUACAACCUUUUAAUUAGAAUGAUUCAUAAAAUAAUAAUACUCCCUAAAAUGCCAAGUAACCUAAAAUAGUAAAAAUAGUUUAAAAAAAGAAAGAUAUAUAUAACGGAACCACAUAUAUUGUUCCAGUUUUUGUUGGUGGUGGUCCAGGUAAUCCAAAAUGUUGUUGUAGUUUAUUUAGUAAAAACGAUAGUUGCGGGAAAUGGAUAUGUGAUUGUAUAUUUUAUGUUUUAAUAUCUCCAUGUGCAUCUAUAUAUGGCUUAAUGAGAGCCACGUGUGGUCUAUGUUGCUCUGGCUGUUUCAAUAAUAACAUAUAGCCAUGUUGUGACAGUAUAUUUUAAUGUGGAAGUAAAUGCUGUGGAAAUUUUGGCGGUUGGUGCAAUGCAUUAUCAAAUGCCUGUUCAAAUUUUUUCGACGGAAGUAAUUUAUCAAACUAUGGUGCAAAAUAAAUCGGUUGUUGUGAAAGUUUAUUUAUACGUUGUGGUGAUUUCUGUAGAGAUUGCUGUAACACUAACCUAAUGUAAGAAGUAGGUAAAGGAGUAUAUGAAGGAAGCUCUCAAGUAUAAGGAUAUUGCGGUAAUUUAUGCGGCAGAAUAGGUGAAUGUUGCAUAAACACCUGCACUAGUGAAUUUGUAGGAAAAAUAGGACAAUAAUUAUAAGGAGGAUAACGAAUUAUAAUCGGAUGUUGUGAAAAAUGCUGCAUAGGUACAGGAGUAAUAUGCACCUAAUGCUUUACAUGUAAUGAUGCGGCAAAAAUAGGAAACGAACUGGAAAAUUAAGCUGAAAAUAUAACUGGAUGUUGUGUUGCUUGUUUUACUAGAGUCGGAUCAUGUUUCCAUGGAUGUUGUAGUAUGGGUAUCAUUCAAUAACUAGGGGAUGGAAUAAGUGAAGGAGCAUCAAAAACAUAUGGAUGUUGUUAAAGAUGUUGCAGUAAUUGUUGCACAACAACAAUUAUAUAAGAUAUAGGGAAAGAAGCAAGUAAUGGAAUUUCUAAAAUUACAGGAUGUUGUGGAGGAUGUUGUGAUAAAAUUUCAGAUUGCUGCAGUUGUUGUUGUUCUAAGUAGAUUUUCGAAAAAACUUUCGAAGUAGCAGGAGAAGGGGCUGAAGUUGUAGUUGAACAUGUAUAGAAAUGCUGUUGUUGUAUUAUUUCUAAUAUUGAAAAAGUAGGAGAUGUAGUUAUUGAUGAAGUUUAGAAAUUAAUAUGA